UCCAUACUGUGCGUCAUUGCGCAGUAGCGCGUCCAGUACACAGCAGUUAAUGGGAAUCCGCUGACGGAGCACAACCAGUUGUGUGCGCGGAUCAGCAGGUGCUGUCUUUGGAACUGGAUAGAAGUCACGGUUGCAUCCACGGCGAUCUGAGGGGAAAUUCUUACCGCACGGACUCUUAAUUCCAGGAUGAGCUGUCGUUUAUGACACGCUCACCACGGCGUUCGACAAUAACAGAUAAACUCCACCUGGCAUCUCGACUCGUUUGGCAGCCAUGGCUCUCUAUGUAUCCGGAGGGGCCCUGUUCACCUUCCUCCUCGUUUGCAGGUUGUUGGAGAGCUCGAUGCUCAACGCAGAAGUGAAGGAAGGAGAGAUUCUGCCUCCCACCAUUCAUAGGCUGAUGAAAGGAUACAACAAGUACCUCAGGCCUUUCUUUGACAAUGGUCCUGUAACAGUGGGUAUGAGCCUGGACAUUGCCAGCAUUGACACCAUCUCAGAGAUCAAUAUGGACUACACCGCCACCAUCUUUCUCCGCCAGCGCUGGACCGACGAGCGUUUGGUGUUUGAAGGCAACAAGAGUCUGAGCCUCGACGGGCGGCUGGUGGAGCUGCUCUGGGUCCCUGACACCUUUAUCGUGGACUCCAAGAAGUCUUUCCUCCAUGACAUCACCGUGGAGAACAGGCUGAUACGCAUCUUCCCCAACGGGACCGUCCUUUACGCUCUGAGGAUCACCACCACCGUGGCCUGCAACAUGGAUCUGACCAAGUAUCCCAUGGACAAACAGACCUGCACGCUACAACUGGAGAGCUGGGGUUACAACAUCAAUGAUGUCAUGUUCUAUUGGACCAGAGGAAAUGAGUCUGUCAGCGGAUUGGACACCCUACAGCUGGCCCAGUACACCGUAGAGGACCACUACACUUCUGUCUCAGAGGCCGUCUAUGAAACUGGCAACUACCCGAGGCUGGUGUUCCACUUUCAGCUGAAGAGGAGCAUUCUGUACUUCAUCCUAGAAACCUACGUCCCCUCCAGCCUGCUUGUUGUCCUCUCAUGGGUUUCCUUCUGGAUCUCUCUGUCCUCUGUUCCAGCACGCAUUUGUAUAGGUGUGACCACGGUCCUGACCAUGACCACUCUGAUGAUGGGAGCCCGGACGUCACUGCCCAAUGCCAACUGCUUCAUCAAGGCCAUCGAUGUUUACCUGGGAAUCUGCUUCAGCUUCAUCUUCGGAGCACUCAUCGAGUAUGCCGUGGCCCACUUCUGCAGCCUCAGUCACAUGGACUCACACAUUCUCAUGCAUUACGGCCACCACAUGCACGACCUGGACGACGAAAUGAACGGCAUCAUCACCACCAUCUCCAACCACAACAGGGCCAAGAGACGCAAGGAGGCUGCCGCAACUCCGACCCCACCUCCCGCCUCCCUAGAACUCACUGUGAGCCCGUCCAGCCCCUCGGGCAGUGAGCCAAAGCCCGAGGCGCCGCUCCCGGAGCCCAGCCACUGGUGCCUCACUGCUCUGGCCACGGUCCGCAAAGUGCUCCGCUCCUUUACAUGUUGUCAUAUAGAGAACCCCCACCACAUAGACAACUACUCCAGAGUCUCCUUCCCACUCUCUUUUGUCAUGGUUAACCUGCUCUACUGGACAUAUUAUUUGUACUUUUAGCAUCCGCUUGAGUGCAGCCUGUGUCAUAAAGAGUGAAACGGAUAGUUUAUCUAAACAAGAAGUGUAUUUUACUGUAUGUAUGUACAGUAAGCGUUAUUUAGGUGUGUUUUGAGAUGAGUGUGUACAAUUUCUGCAUUUGGAUUCAUGAGCGACGUGAAAUUCUCAGAUUUUCAGGGAAAUGCUUAUGAUUACAGCUCCAUUUUUUUAUAUUAAUGUGAACUCAGAUGGAGCCAUUGCUUUAAAUUUCAUGCGGCUGGUGUUGGUUAAAAAUAGGUUAAUUUAACACUGGCAGGGUAAGAUUUGAUCAAUGCUGAUAUACUUUGAGAUAGAAGGAAAUUGCUUGCAAUGGAAAACAGGGCCGGUCUGCCUCGUUUGUUCUAUGGUACAUUGAUUUUAAGUGUAUCUCCGUGCAGGUUGUUACUGUCAGACAUAGAGAGGAUGGAGCUGUAAUCUAAGGCUGUAUGACAGAAUAUGCAUUGCUGAUAGAGAGCAAAGGCCUGUUUUCUUUUUUUCUCCUGUGAUAAAUUGAUUAUUUUUACAAUGUCAUCUUCCAUUUCUGCCUGCAGAUGUGAAAUUUAGAUGGAAAUAGCUAAAAUAAUGGAUGAGAGAAGAGUGAUUAAAAGAGAUACUAGAGAAAUAACUCAACAGAUUGGUUAGAAAAUAUAAACCAGGCUCUCAAGGACGGACACUUCCAUUCUCUGUUGAAAUAUCUCUUUGUUCUUUAUACAUCUAAGAGUUAUUUUUAGUUUACUACGCAGUGCUGUCUCUCUAUGCCUGCAUUUAUUUUUUUCAUUGACACUAUAAAUGUGGUGGCCUUUGAUCCCUUCAGUUGUGUUCUUAAAAUCUCGCCACUGUAAGCGUGAACAGUAUUCGUACACGUGUCUUAGGAAGGAAGGGAAUGAAACCACAAUAUGUUAAACAAAAUAGGUAUAAUCAGUGAAUAACCAUAUGAAUAAAUAGACAAGUAUGGUGAAUUUAUUCAACACAUUCUGAAACAGUUUUUCAAUAUUUUUACUUCAUAUUAUACCCUUUAUUUGUAUGAUUUCAAACCUACUUUUUUUAUAACAACAUUUACCAAACAUCUCAUUUUUCAUAAUUUUUAAACGCUUAGCUUUCCUAGGCAAGGUUCACCUGUCAUCACCAAAUGUUGCUAGCUCCUGCGAGCUUGUUACACAAACUUGCUAAAGUAAUUCUAAAGCAUCUAGUUAGCUUCUGCUGCUCCUGCUGCUGCUGGAAAAACAGUGCCAAGAACAGGAGCUAACCUUACCUAGUAUUUGAUUUGACAUGGCUAUAUUAUAGGAUAGUUACCUACCUAUCAAGCUAACUAGAAAAAAGGUUGUUAGGUAGUUAGAAAACUAUGGAGCCGGUGUUAGCAGGCUCGUUAUUAAUCCUUUUUUUAAAUUGAGAGGCGUCCCCCUUGCAACCUUAAUUCACAAAAAAAGCAUGGGGACGCGAAAGAACAAGUAAAAACCCACAGGCAUCGUAGCUUUAGCGAUGGUGAUAGUUUAUGAUGUCACUAAGCGACUUUUGGUCAUGUAGCAUUACAUACAGUUAAACAACAAAAUGCACAAAAUAAAAUGAACAAAUAUCAUGUGUAGGCUAUGUCCUGAAACCUUCAAAAGAGAGCUUAUUUUUCUCUAGCUGUUAACAUCUGUACAUAUUUUGGGGGAAAUAAGGCCCAAUUAGAAGGUAAAAUGUGUUAGUUUAUUUUUUGUUUAAGGUUGUUCAUUCAUAUGAUUGUGUAUAUCGUUAUGUUUUAUUUAAGAAUUUACUACUAACACUCUCCAUACUAAUUGGCCAGGUGUUAUUCAAAAUUGUGGAUACACACCUAGAAAGACAGGUAAUAGAGAUUCAUGUAGCACUCUUCAUGGUCUGCUGGUAGUGUGUCUCAGUGUGCUUUUGUAAAACAUAAAGCAGUAGUCAGACCUAGAUGUGGUAGACUUUGUAGAAUGAUUUGAAUACGAAUGAAAUUGCCGAAAUAUUUCCAUACGAUGUCAUCAUCUGAGCAUUAUCCAAAUGGAGAACGGCCUGGAUAUGCUUACGCUUCAAGUAUUGCUUCUCUGCUCAGUUUUUUAUGCCAUCAUAUUUCACUGUGUGAAUUUUGAGUCUUUUAGUUCAGGUGAUGCAGUAUGUUUGCUACCAAUGACGUGAACCAAAGAGCCAAAGAUUACAAUUUGAUUUCUUCUUUGUUUCCCUUUAGUUCCUUAACUAGGAGAUCUUGAAGUGCAUUUUCAAAUGUUACUCAUGUUCGUUAUUGAUAAGAUAACUUUGAAAUAGCAUGCAGUCAAUAAGCAGAUAAACAUGACACUUUCACAUAGGUAUUUCAGAUAGAAACAGGAUUCAGUUUAACAACAGUGAUGCAUGAUUAUUUAUUGAUGUAUUCAAUAUUACUGUGACAUACACUCACUCAUUCCAUUUCAAUUUUAGGAACAUUCGAUGUGUAUUCAACAUAGGCUGAAUUGGUUAAAUCUUGACGUCAUAGUCAUGGCCUUUUAAAUCGUUUAUUUUCCUUUUUAUCUGCAUUGCUUCUGCAAUUUACAAACAAUUUGACUGCUUUCCUUGCCUGAUGAUAAUAGAACAGUAGAAUUUAUGUUGGUUUAUGUUCUUCCUGCAUGGUUUUCAAGUGCAACUUCUUGUUUCUUCUGCUUUGCUCAGUUUUGAAAUAUGAUGGAGAAGACUCAUCAUAAAAUGCUCAGUUGAGGCUAUUGACGGGACCUGAUUGGUAAUAAAGCCAAAAGUGGUGACAAAGUGCAGGACGUUCAAACUGUGAUAAGAAAUUGUCACUUACAGUGUUCAUUGCAUUUGAGCUUGGUCUGCUCUGGGAAUGUCAGUGAGCACUGACCAACUAAAAAGGUUUAUAUAGUUAGAACAAGACGGUCAGGUUUUAUACAACAUGCCUGCAGUUGUAGUUUUUAUAGCCAUCUUCUCAGUGAAUGGUACAAGAAGUAAAGGCCAAUAUGGAGCCAAAUAAUCACAAGAGCAACCGCAUAGAACAUUUUACUCACUCGGUGAUGAAGUCCAUACACAAAGCUCAAGAGAACCAAUGGCUCCACGGUCGCUACUGUAUUAUCAGUGCUGCUUUGCUCUGACUGGUCAGCAUUUAGAUGGUAACAAAUACCCUAGGAAGAUGGAAGUACUUCAGAAUUAAAGCUAUGAAAUGGAAUAUUAUGGGAUAUGGGACUUUAUGCAACAGAAAAAUGGCUACCGUUGGACUGCCCUUACUUUCCUGUUGUGUGGAGUGUCUAAUAAUGCCUCAAGGUGAUGUUGGCUUCCAACCUCACAGCUCCUGGGAAAAUCUUCAUGUGAAAUGUAUUUCUAUACUAUGCUAAUACAGGCAUCAGUUUGCUUAACAUGUUGUAAAUAAAUAGUAACACUGUGCAUGUUUAUUUGGUGUAUGAAUAUGAAUGAUAGCAAUAAAAGAGGUUUAACGUG